AUCAGAACACAACCUCCCUGCGACCUUGGUAGAGUCCUCCAUUUCUCUCCUUCGUUGGUUCCGAUCUAAGAAUUCAUCGAUUCACGAAAGCUCGAAGCUUUUCUCUCAGUUUCCAGAGCGAUCGACGAUGGCGAGAGGAAGCUCGCAGUCGCAGACUACGUCUUCAACCGGUGGCGCGGCACGGCCGCAGACGGUUGGGCCCCGUGGCUCCGCCGCUGCAACGGCGGGAAUGCGGCGCCGGAGGGUUGGCGCAGGUGGUGGCGGUGGAUCCGCGGGAUUUAGCGGCGGGGGAGGGAGCAACAUGCUCCGAUUCUACACCGACGACGCUCCGGGCUUGAAGAUGUCUCCUACGGUGGUGCUCGUCAUGAGUCUCUGCUUCAUCGGCUUCGUCACCGCCCUUCACGUCUUCGGCAAGCUCUACCGCUACCGAUCCGGAAAUCCCUGAUCUCUGAUCCGAAGGACGGGAGCUAUGUAGAAGAUCUAGGUCUCAUUCUCUUUCUCUGACUUUUGUUUUCAAGGAUCCCCUUUUUCUGCUCUCUAUCUGGUGGUGAUGUUUUGAUCUCUGAGGCCUUGGAUUAAUUUUUAGGUAUUUCGGUUCUCAUGGAUUUUGGUAGAUCCGAUCAUCUCUGUUUCUCUAUAUUGCAUCUGUUGACAUGCUGUUUCGCAAUUCGCUUGGAUCAUUUCAUUUGCUUGCAUUAAUGAAUGUUGGAAGUUGUUUUCGUUUAAAUGAUAUCAUAGACGAAGUAUUGAUUACCAAAUCAUCAAGAGAAGCUUGUUUAUAAUUC